AUGCAAUAUAAGUUUUAUCUCACAAUUACUAUUCUAGUAAGUACAGUUCUGGCUGCCUAUGUCCCAUCUGAACCAUGGUCUACUUUGACUCCAACUUCAACACAUCCAGGCGGACUAUCAUACUAUACUACUUCAUUUGGUAUUGCUAUUGCUUCUGUCAAUGCGGCUGUUGUCCCUAAUGCCUUACACAAAAGAAAUAUUAUUUCUCAAAUAAAUGAUGGUCAAGCUCAGGCACCACGAGUUCCAAAAGUAGGUAUCAUAUCACAAAUAAAUGAUGGCCAAGCCCAAGCACCAAAACAUACUGUCGCAAUAGUGUCUCAAAUUAAUGAUGGUCAAGCUCAAGUGCCUAAAUCUGUCAGAGCAAUCUCACAAAUUGGUGAUGGUCAAAUUCAAGUGCCAACUCAUAUUCCUGUUCCAGUCACUACGAAACCCGUGGUCUCGCAAAUUCAUGAUGGCCAAGUUCAGAUAGCAACUAAAGUUGUUCAUGCUGACCAGGGUGCUCCAACAGGGAGUAUAUAUGGUUCAUCUAACCCUGUGCAUAAUAUUGCUUGUAAAUCUACAGGUACAUUAGCUAUGACAAUUAAAAAUGGAAUUUUAACAGACGCAAAGGGAAGAAUUGGGUCCAUCGUAUCAAACAGACAAUUUCAAUUUGACGGUCCACCACCACAAGCAGGUGCCAUUUAUGCUGGUGGUUGGUCAAUCACACCAGAAGGAAAUCUGGCUCUAGGUAGUCAAGAUGUUUUUUAUCAAUGUCUUUCUGGUAAUUUUUACAACUUAUAUGAUCAGUCCAUUGCCUCUCAAUGUGGUCCAGUUCAUCUACAAGCUGUUGAUCUCAUUGAUUGCUAA